AUGCAGCAGUACAAUUUACAUCAGGACAAACAUGUACUUCCUGGAGCUGGAGAAGACCCACCCACUAUUGUAAUUACGUCCCAUUAUGACUCGUUCGGUCUUGCUCCUUGGCUGGCGUAUGGUGCAGACUCUAAUGGCAGUGGCGUCACCGUUCUUCUCGAGCUGGUUCGACUCUUUCAUCACCUCUACAGCAACCUACGAAGCCAGGCUCCGUACCAUCUUUUAUUCUCCCUGACUGGUGGUGGUAAAUAUAAUUUCCUGGGCACCAAGCGUUGGCUGGAGGAAAAUAUGGACCAUGCAGAAUCCAGCCUUUUGCAUGACAACGUGGCGUUUGUUCUAUGUCUGGACUCUCUUGGCACUGGAGACAAGCUUUUCUUACAUGUUUCACGACCACCUAAGCCUGGAACACCUCAGUACAGCUUUAUUCAGCAGCUGGAGCAGAUCAUCUCUGCCAGGUUCCCCUGGAUGAGAUUUGGAACUGUCCAUAAGAAGAUCAACCUGCAGGAGGCCACCUUGGCUUGGGAGCACGAGCGCUACGGAAUGAAACGUAUCCUAGGAUUCACUCUGUCGCACAUUGAGAACCCUAAAUCAGAGCUAAGAGGAUCAAUACUGGACACCAUGGCACAGGUUGACAUCAGAAAACUCAAGCGGAACACCGUUAUUGUUGCUGAGUCCUUGGCAAGAUUCAUGUACAAUGUUUCAGACAAGGGGUCUGCUAAGGACAUGCAGGUUUUCAAGGGCAGUUUGGAUAUUCAAGACAGCCGUUUGUCUGCAUUGAUGACCAUGAUAACGUCUGUUCCACGAGCCGUUCAGUUGAUGGACCGAGAGCCAGAACACACACUCCUGAUCAGCAGCCUGGAGCAAGAGUUCAAACACUAUCUACGGCAGGUCCAUAGACAAACGUUCCACCCGGACCGAAGGGAUCCUGAAAUCACAUUCUUUGAUCAAAUGAAACAACCAAUGAUGAUGUACAGGGUGAAGCCUGCCACCUUUGACCUGUUUUUGGGUGGCUGUAUAGCUGGAUACCUUGGAAUAGUUUAUUAUGCAAUCCAGACCUUUGGCAAUGUCUACACUAAGCUGAAAGCAAACGUGAAAGCCAAGCACCAAUAAACUGGAGUAAAGCAGACACAUCAAAGAACCAGUGCACAGAGAUGUCUACAACAUCUGAAAACUUUUGGAAUUCACGUCUAGAAUUUAAAGUGGCUACCUUGUAUUUUAUAAUUCCCUUGCAGUCUCUUCUGUUUCUGUUUGAUU